AUGUAUGUAUAUAUAUGUCUGUAUGUAUUUAACUCGGAUCAGUUCCCUGUCAGUUUAUUUUCUACUUUGAUCACACAUAAUGCUUUUGCUUUUUUAAAUCUUUUCUCUUUUGCAGAGUUUUAUGGUAAAGAUGCUCCAUAUAACGCCCUGGUUGGGAAGGACUGCAGUCGAGCCGUGGCAAAGAUGUCUCUGAAGCCAGCAGACCUGACAUCAGAUACUACUGGCCUCACUGAGGAGCAGCUCAAGUCUCUAGAUAGUAUAUUUGAGGAAACUUACAAAGCCAAGUAUCCUAUUGUGGGUUACACUGCAGCACGUCUCCUGAACAAGGAUGGAAGCCCCAACGAAGACUUCAAACCAGAAGACCAGCCCCAUUUUCAAAUCAAAGAUGAGUUCUAGGUUCAUUUUAGGGUUUUCUACUCUACAUCUAAUAAGGAUGUAAAAGUGAGAAACAUAUUUUCAGGAGAAAAUACAAAUAAAUUAUUCUUUAAAGAUCCUAUGAAUUUCUUUAUCCUCAAUCUCUUAUGUGUGGUGAAAGCUGGAGCUGUUAAUAGAAACUGGCCAUUUUACUCCUGUUUUUUAUUUGUUUUAUAACCAACGUUUAACUGCACAAAAUGGAGCUGGUUGCACUGGUAAUGUCAUUUAGCUCACAUAUAUAGACAUUAUGUACAUUUUAUAUGUAAUUUUACAAUAUUUCACAGUUACUUGUACAAAAGAGGUGACACCAAACACACACACAUAUAUAUAUAUAUUUAUGGUCUUCAGGAGCGGACUGCACUCUAAAAUACCUCAGUUUCCUCUGGAGGAAGAGUCUGCUCUGACCCUUUUUGUAGAGGGUCUCAGUGCUGUGGGUCCAGUCCAGCUUUUUGUUCAGGUAUUUAUAAGACUCCACUAUCUUAAUGUCCAUUCCCUGGAUGUUCACCAGUGUCAGUUGAGUGGAUCUGCUUCUGUGAAAGUCCUCCACUAGCUCCUUGGUUUUCUUUGGUAUUCAAAAACAAAAAUAACAUCGAUCCACCUUUCCAGAUGGAGCCAUCGCAAACAGCGCAAGUGAAAAUCUGAUCCCCUAAUUGUAUUUUGCAAUAGGUUGAAAAGUGUUUAUUUUAGAUUAUCUUGUGGACCUGUAUAAUAUUAUGGAUACUGGAGCUUGACUGGGAUAGUUGAACGGCUCAAAGUGGAUGUCGUAAAAAUAUCCACAUUUUUAAAUUCUAAAACUUAAAAGAUAUGAUAUAGUUUAACCUACUGACCCCAACUGAAAGACUUUUCAUAAGCUCCAGAAAUGGUUUAUUUGGGGUGUUUUAGCUGAUUCGGGUUCAACAUUGUAAGAUUCAAAUGUUGAAAUUUUUCUCAUUCCAAUUCCCUGGGUCACCUAAUGUGGGAUAUUCAUUAAGUGUCUGUAAGCCAUAAUCAUAAAUCAAUCUUACAAAGAAUAAAGGAUUGAAAUAUCUUUAUGUGUAGUGACUUAAUUUAGACAUGAGUUUCCCUUCCAACUUAAGUCACAGAAAUUAUUACACUUUUUCCCAAUAUUCAGAUUUCUUUAGAUGUACCCAUAGAGUUUGAUAAGCUGAUCUUGAGGGUCAUGUGUGCUUUCAAACCAAGCAGCUGGGAUUUCAGAACCAAAGAGGAGUGGCUUACAACUCUCAGCCUUUAUUUC